GACCAGAAUGUGCGGGAGCUGGCUGGGGAGACUGGCCAGGGCCAGAGCUGUAGUAACCUGGCAGAGAGAGUCAGCCUGGCAGCGGAGGGACCUAAGGAUCAGGUGUGGCCCUGGAGACUGAUGGUCAGGGCUGGACCUACCUGGGCCAAGGUCCUGCUCUCCAGCUCUUCCACUAUCUGGUUGCUGGGUGGAGGUCUGACCUGGGGACCUAGGGUGAAAAGGUUGCUAGUCUGACAGGGGGGCAGGGGCAGGGGGCAGUCAUACCACGUGACCACUGCUGUGAGCCCACCAGGCCCACUGCCUAAGAGAGCAUGAGUGAGCAGGAGAGGGAGACAGAGGAGGAUGAGGGAGAGGGCACUUCAGACACAGCACCCAUGCUGCCCGGAAGUCUUGCUGACCGCCAGACCUCUGCACGGAUGUCCCCAGGGUGGGCCGCCCAAGGCCUAGGGACCCUGCUGCUGUCAGGCCGGGCCCUGGCAGGGCUCCUGCUCCACCUUCUGCUUCCUGCAACUGUGUUCCUGCUGGUGCUGCUGCCAGCAGCCACCAUCGUCUACCUGGGAUUCCUGUGCCACUCGAGGGUCCACCCGGCGCCCCGCCCCGCGUGCCGUGCCCUGCUCUCGGACCGCGGAUCGGCAGCGCUCAUCGUAUUGGGCUUCCUCUCGCUGCCUCCGCUGCUGGUGCUCGCCUCUGCCGCCCGCGCCCGCUUGGCCCGACGCCUCCGCGCGCUGCUGCCACCCCCAACUAGGGGUCCCAGACCCCGCGGUCAUUCGGUGUCCAGCGACUGGGGAUGCACGCGAAGCCAUCCCAACGGGGAGGAGCAGCUCUGCGCCUGGGUGUGAUCCCGGAGAUCUCUCCAAAUCCCGGAGGCCCCCGAACUGUCCCCGUGUGCCCCAUCACGUGGCCCCAGGCUGGCGAACUUAGGGUCCAGGUCCUGGCCGGGCGCCGGAGCGCAGCCCAGCUUCCGUGCACAGCGCUCCCAGAGGCCGCGAGAGGGCACCGGACUCCCCCUGACCGGUCGGCCUUUCCCCUCCCUCACCCCGGCCCCGAAGUCCCCGCAGUUGCAGAGAAGCUGGGACGCCCCAGGGAGGAGGCAGCUGGCUCUCCGAGAAGGCGCGCGUGGCCAGACUCCUGAAAGGGCGGUUUUCUGACAUCUGCCACUGAGGCUGCCCCGGGCCCCCGUCUGUGCACAAAGGGCAGUCCUUGCGUGCCCGCUGUCUAGUCCGUCAGCGGGCCUCCAGCGAGUCCCAGAAGUGAUCGGAGUUGCCCGGGAGGCUUCCACACCCGUGGUUCCCCAAGUUCAGCGGCGGCCACAGCGCCGGGGCUUUCAGGGCUCAGGGCUUGCGUUUGGCGUAAAGGACACGUUUAGGAUCUUUGCUGUCUUUCACGGUUUGUGCUUUCAGGCAUCGUUCUGAUUGUGGCUCUGCUCUUAUUUCUCCCUUUGGUACCCGCUGUUUCCCGUUUCUGAGGAUUCACAUCGUUCCUCGGUCCUGGAAAAUUCUCAAACAUUUUUUUCUUCAAUCCUGCCUCAUUCACUGCACAUACUCUUCCUUGGGGAACACCCAUUACACGACUGCUUCCCAUUUUCCUUUUACCUGUCAUUGUCACUUCAUUUCUCCUCUGUGUUUUCCACGGGGCCAUGGGUGUGGCUGUGGCCAAAUAAAUAAAUAAUUCCGCUAUCAUA